AUGCUCGGCUUCGCAUACGAUCCACAGAUACGCCGACCGGCGGAGUUGCUGUAUGGCGCGACCGACACGAUCAAUCACUUCCUCGGGCUGUAUCGUGUGGGCGACAAAUACCAAUUUCCCGCUUUCUUGGACCGGGUUGACCCAUGGCUCACGGGUUGCAUGUAUGACUGGUUGGACAGGUCUACAGGACCAUUCGACAAAGACAGUAUUGCGCGUUCCGAGUUUUGCGGCUUCGUCAGAGACAUCUAUGAACUCGUAGGUUUAGAACAUCGACCCAGCCAUCCGUUGGUACACAUCUUAUUGGAACUAGCAACCGAUCGGGGUUCCGCAAGCGUUCUGAACAACACCGGAGGUCAUCAACCCUUGAUAGUGACAGCAUUACAGGAAGUAGCUGAGUUUGGGCGGGAUGUACUCCUUCAUUUGAUGGGCAAGACUGGAUCCUGGGAAGUAGGUGACAAAGGUGACGUUGUCAGCACUGAGCUGUGCAUCGGAGUCGAGCUCGGAUGUCUGAUCCCUGAUACUGGGAAAGGUGGUGGAUGA